UUAAUUUAGGUACUAUAUUAAUAUCUAUUAUUUAUAAGUAAUUUAUUUAUACAUUCAAUUUUACAAAGUCUAUAACCAUACUUGUUAAUCAAAAUAUCUUCUAUAAUUUACAUCUAAAUUCUCAAUCAACAAAAAGUAUAGCUCAUUAGAAAUGUGGUCAAAAAUUUACCGUGCAACUAAUCACGGUCUUGUUCGAGGAUUGGCCAUAUAUUCAAUAACAUGGCCAGCCAGCAGUGUAAUUCAGCAAGCAUUGGAUCCUACAUGGAAUAAAGAAAUUGAUAUCAAACGUGCAAUCAAAUUUAGCUUAUAUGGUGCAUUGUAUGUGGCACCAACAUUGUAUGCUUGGAUGAGAUUUGCAAGUUUUAUUUGGCCAACACAUACAGUUGUUAGCCACGUUACAAAGGCAGUUAUUGAACAAUUUUCCUAUGGACCAUUUGCAACUGCAAGCUUUUUUUUUUUUAUGACAUUACUUGAUGGUGGGUCUAUUGAAGAUGCAAAACAAGAGGUCCAAAAGAAAUUCUUUCCCACAUGGAAAGUUGCUGUCACUGUGUGGCCGGUAUUGCAAACUAUUAAUUACUGUGUUGUUCCUCCCAAUAAUCGUUUAAUUUUUGUCAGUUUUGCUGGUUUAGCAUGGACUGUAUUUUUAGCUUAUAUUAAGUAUGAAAAGUCAAAAAAAGUAAUUGUAAAUAACAAAAGUGAUUUAUAAAUAUUCUUUAAAAUGAUGAUUAAUGUAGAUAUCUUAACUCAUAAUUCUAACAUGUGAAAUAUUUUUAAAGUAUAUAACAUGUUUUUGUUGUUAAUAAUUGUUUAAAUAUUAUUGUUGACUAUUAUUAGUGAAACUAGUUGUUAUAGUAUUGUAUAUGUUAAAAUACUUUGCUGUUUAAUUAUUAAUGUAUGUACAAGGAAAAAUUCCUUUGAACAAAAAUGAUUUCUAUAUUUGAUGACAUUCCACUAGUCGUUACAAACUUUUAAUUAUUUUAACAAAUUGUUAUGUAAAUUAUAAAUUAGUUACCCAUUUAUAAUGUAAAU